AUGGGGGAGGAAUCGUUUACUUACGUCCUUUCUCCAGUCACCAGCACUCAAAACUUUGCCCAUCGCGUUGCCGAUGAAAAUUUGCCAUCGCUGGAAGAAUCCAUGGAAUUCACGGAGAAAAUGACUGGAACAUUGCUGAUUGACUACGACGGAUUUAUAGAGGAUUUACUGCUGGGCUUCUGUCGAGUGCCGAAUGGCGCGCAUGAUUCCAGAGUUGGUGUCGGACGAGGGGAAUACGCUGCGCCUGCUGGUGCCAUUUUGCCCACGACAAUUAAAGCAGUCGGUUUGGAUCCAUCGAGUUCGGCGUCGUCUCUCUUUCAAGACGGCGCGUGGCCAUUUGUAUGGGCACAGUUUGAACGGGAUGUAACCCGAGAAACCCUUAUAAUUGAUGGAGCGCCUUGCAACGAUGCUCUCAUCGCACUACAGCGUAUACAAAAACUGUUGGCUGACGCGUACGAUGAACUGCCAUCUCGUAUUACAGCUGCCAAAACACACGGGCAUGGGAAAGCAGAUGAGUGCGGAGGAUUGGCAUCACGGUUUCUCAAUACGGCUUGGGGUUUUCUUGGAAACGUUCAAGUUGCCUACAAAAAAAUGGUGAGGAAUAAAAAAUUGGCUGAAGCUGCUCGGAUUGCCAUUCUCAUAGCGCAGCAAACUGUGAUGGCAUUCCCAGUGGAGCUUUUACAUGCGCAAUUUAGCAGAUCUUCACAGGGGAAUUUCAAGGAGAAAGAUGCUGCGGAAUCGAAAAUAGUUUACAUUGGGGAGCGAAUUGCGAGCAAAGAGAAUGACGAUGAAAAGAGCGAUCCUCCACACAAGGAAGAAAGUCGAAGAAUGAUUGUGCGAGUGGAGCGCCGCAAUCACGGAAGCCGUUUACCUUACGCACGUGUUGAAAAAUUUAUGCAUGUUUUCACUCUGGACGAGUCGGCGAACGCUUCAAUCAAGUUGGAGCUCUGCAUAGUUAUUGAAGUCAGUUUAUUUACAAGUGACCAAGUCGAGUUGAACUGGGAGUGGCGCCGGCCUCCCCACACCUUCUCUGGAGAUGCCGCCGCCGCCCCACCCCAGCCACCGGAAGAGGAAACGCAGAGGCUGAACAAAGGGGAAUUUAUACAUGCAUUUGCUGACUUUUAG